AUGAAUGUGACUGGGGUUAAUGAAACUGAUGAGUGUCCCUCUUACACCUGCCCAGAGAGAUCUGUGUCUACUGCAGUGUAUGUGUUGCUGUAUGUGUGUGCAGCUGCUGUAGUUCUGCUGACAGUGUGUGGAAAUCUGCUCAUCAUCAUCUCCGUCUGUCACUUCAAGCAGCUCCACACACCGACUAACAUGCUCAUCCUCUCUCUCGCUGUGUCGGACUGUCUGGUCGGGCUUCUUGUGAUGCCUUUGGCAUUGAUGUGGAUGAUUGAGUCGUGUUGGAUUUUAAGUAUAGUCUUCUGCUUAUGCUACAUAUCGAUCUCCUCGUUUCUCACAACCACAUCGAUAUACAACGUGGCUCUGAUCGCAGUCGAUCGGUACUUUGCUCUGUCUAAUCCGUUUCUCUACGCUGAAACAGUCUCUCUGAGAUCAAUGUGCACUGUGGUUUUGUCUGUCUGGUUUGUGUUGCUGUUUUACAACUUAGCACUUCAGUACUUCUGUGGAUUAUUCUCAGGUCUGUGUCCUGGGCAGGGCUUCACAGCCUUGGAUGAGGUCUGGUCUCUGCUUGAUCUCCUGCUGACAUUUGUUUUCCCAUUUGCUGUUAUAAUGAUAUUGUAUACUUUAGUCUUUAUUAUAGCCAAGAGACACGCCACUGCUAUCAGAGACCUUAAAAUUCAAACUCAGACUGAGACCUUAAAGAGCACAGCAGACUCUAUGAAAUCGGAGAGGAAAGCAGCUAAAGUACUUGGCAUUCUGGUGUCAGUGUUUUUGGGAUGUUUAUUUCCAUACUUUAUUUAUACCGUGCUAGGUAACGUAAUAGAAAUCGAAAUGGGAUCAUUUCAAAAAGUCUUGUUGCUGGUUUAUCUUAAUUCUUCCAUUAAUCCAGUUAUUUAUGCCUUGUUUUAUCCGUGGUUUAGGAGGUGCGUUAGACUCACCUUAACUCUCCAGAUAUUCAACACAGAUUCCUCACUGAUGAAUGUCCUUUCAUGA